AUGCUGCUUACUACUACCCUUUUGUUGUUUCCCUGGUUUAUUUUACUGGCCAUCGGUGAUGUAAAGAUUACUUAUCCCCCUGAUGACAGUUUUGAGUCAUUUGACUUGAGUAGUGGCUUCGCCACUCUCAAUGUCAAAUGGUUCGUAACGGAGGAUUGGCCCAAUGAGAAUGAUAUUGAAUACUACACUUUUGCCCUUGUGGCCGGUUCCAAUCGUGGUCUUGGCGCUAUGGCUGAUCUUGGUACUUUGCAAGCAGAGGAGCUGAGUGGGAAUGAAGCACAAUUUCUGGUCUCAAACACGAUAGGAACUACUGGAAUGUACAUGUUCCAAGUGUUGGCGAUGUCGCUUACCGGUUACACAAUUCACUACUCUCAGCGGUUCAAACUUGCAGGCAUGACGGGCACUAAGAUCGCCCCAGAAAGUACGGACAAGAGACCACCGGAUCCUGAGUUCAAGAAUUUUCAAGACGCUGUGCCUAUUGAAAUUGAUUCGCGUAGUUUUACUGUCCCUUACCAUUUACAAACGGGUAGAGUUAAAUUUGCACCGAUGCAAAUGCAACCGCCGACGAAAAUGACCAAGACUCGUUGGACAAGAAUUCACGAGACAAGUGCACUCACUUAUUACUCUAAGAUUAAGGGGAACAUCCAGCAGUUAACCACUGUGACACCAGGUUGGUCGUAUGUACUUCCUAUUGGGCACAAUUACGCUACACCAGCACCAAUGCCACGCGAUAACGGUGGCUGGCAUGCUCCGACCAAAAGACUUUCUUUAAAACCACGGAAGACGACUACUCGUUAG